UCACCCCCCAAGGACCUGGUCUACAACCUCAAGCUGUCCACCCUGAUCCUGGAGUGGGAGGCGCCGUCGGACACGGGCGGCCGGGUGGACCUGAGCUACAGCGUGGGCUGCCGGCGCUGCGUGGCGGGGGGCUGUGAGGCGUGCGGCGCCAGCCUGGGCUUCGUGCCCCAGCAGAGCGGCCUGACGGAGCGCACCGUCACCGUGGUCAACCUGCUGCCCAACGCCAACUACACCUUCACCGUGGAGGCCCUGAACGGGGUGUCGGAGCUGCUGCCCAGCAAGAGGUUUUACACCCAGGUCAACGUCUCCACCAGCGUGCCAGCGCCCUCUCUGGUGAGCGAGCUGCGAGCGGAGAAGGUGGACCAGCGCAGCGUGACGCUGGUGUGGAGAGAGCCCAGCUCCCCCAACAGCAGCCGCACCGAGUACGAGAUCAAGUACUAUGAGAAGGAGCAGAGGGACCAGAGCUACUCCACAGUCAAGACAGCCGCCACGAGCAUCAGCGUCAACAACCUCAAACCAGGCACCGCCUACGUCUUCCUCAUCCGCCCUUUCUCCACCCCGGCGCCGCCCUCCUCCUCCCUCGCCUCCUCCCCUCUGUCCCCCUCCUCCCCGGCCUCCCCCGCCUCCUCCUCUUCCUCCUCGGCCAUCGACUACGGUGCCUACAGCCAACCCCUGGAGCUCCAGACUCUUGGCGAGCUGGCCCUGGCCUCCAGUGAACAGAACCCAGUAGUGAUCAUCGUGGUGAUUUCUGUAGCUGCCCUCAUCAUGCUGAUGUCUAUGGGAGUGGGACUGCUCAUCUGGAGAAGACAGUGUGGAUACAGCAAGGCCAGCCAGGAAGGAGACGAGGAACUCUAUUUUCAAUUUAAGAUCCCCACCCGGAGGACCUACAUUGACCCGGAGACGUGCGAGGACCUGGUCCAGGCCGUCCACGCUUUCGCCAAAGAGCUGGACAACUCCAGCAUCAAGAUAGAACGCAUCGUCCACACAGGCGACUUUGGGGAGGUGUGCCGGGGCUGUCUGAAGCUGCCCAGUAAGAGGGAGCUCCCAGUGACCAUCAAGACGCUGCGGGCGGGCUGCUCCGACAAGCAGCGGCGUUCCUUUCUCAGCGAGGCCGGCAUCCUGGGACAGUUUGACCACUCCAACAUCAUACGUCUGGAGGGCGUCAUCACCAGCGGUAACACCAUGAUGAUUGUGGUGGAGAGCAUGUCCAACGGUGCCCUGGACUCUUUCCUCAGGAAACACGAGGGCCAGCUGAGCGUGCUCCAGCUGAUGGACGUGCUGGCGGGCGUGGCGUCAGGCAUGAAGUACCUGACAGAGAUGGGCUUCGUCCACCGGCGCCUGGCGGCACACAAGGUUCUGGUCAACGCCAACCUGGGCUGCAAGGUGUCCGGCUUCAGGCCCCUGCAGGAGGAGAAGAUGGAGCAGGUCUACACCACCCUGCAUGGAGGAAAGAGUGUGGUGCUGUGGAGUGCUCCGGAAGCCAUCCAGUACCACCGCUACAGCUCAGCCUCUGACGUGUGGAGCUUUGGCAUCGUCAUGUGGGAGGUCAUGUCCUACGGAGAGAGACCCUACUGGGACAUGGGCAAUCAGGACGUGAUCAAAGCCAUUGAGGAUGGCUUCCGCCUGCCCGCGCCCCUCAACUGCCCGCCCCACCUGCACCAGCUGAUGCUGGACUGCUGGCAGAAGGAGAGGGCGGAGAGGCCCACCUUCAGCCAGGUCCACUCUGCCCUCAGCAAGAGCCUCCGCUCCCCUGACGGCAUGGGCUCCUCCACCCUGGCACGCAGGACUCUGGGAUCCUCCAUCUCCCUGGCUGACAGGACUCUUCCCUCCUUCCCCACCUUCAACUCGGUGGGGGAGUGGCUGGACGCUGUAGACAUGGGGAGGUACAAGGACAACUUCACAGCUGCAGGAUACUGCUACCUGGAGUCUGUGGCUCGCAUGACCGUCCAAGAUGUUCUGAGCCUGGGCAUCACGUCGCUGGAGCACCAGAAGCUCAUCUUAGCCGCCAUCCAGACCCUCCGAGCACAGGUCAUCCAGAUGCAUGGCCGCGGAGUCCAGGUCUAACACACACACACACAGGCAGAAGGAUGGAGAGAUAGAUGGACGGAUGGAUUGACAGAGCAUAGGACGGGUGGAGAGGUGGCUAGAGAGAUCUGCACAAGCCCCCACCUCCUCCUAUCCCUCCCUCUCUCUCAAGCCUUGUCCUGUCACAUGAUUAGGGUGCUCUGAGAAACCUAAGUGAUGUGACCUCAGCCCGCCCCUUGAACAGGGCAGGAGGCUGGUCCUGAACCAGCCCUUACAGAGAUAUGAAGACCAGUCUGAUAGAAACACUGUCUGGCCUUGGACUAGCCUCUGUACAGCUGAUGUUAGAACUGGACUUAACAUCAAUGGAGAACUGCUGUCUAGACUGGAGUACACAAGUUCCCGCGGCAGGAGCUGAUCUCAGAGCAGCUGGUAAGCUUGAAGAUGGAUCUUGGCUCCUACAGAACUGAAAUGGAAGAACUGGCUUGAGGUCAGAAAUUGAAAGUACGUUGAGAAGUAAGAGAGAAGGUGCCUCCGUCUGGGAACACUGGCUCUUCUCUCUCCUGGGGCUCUGACUGACUUGGGUUAUCACAUGACUGGUCACGUGUAGCGCCACUGUCAGCCAAUCACCUAGCGGAAUUCUACUGAUGACGAUGACCAACCUGCAGGAAGUGAUUGUUGAACUCUAUAAACUGUAAAUCAAUGAUGAAGGAAGGGUCAACGUGUUUGUUUGACUGUCCAUUGUCUGUCUGUUGUCAAUUUACAAUGCUUCUGUUCUUCCUGAAUGUUUAUCAGAUGUUACCUUUUAUUCUUCCUCUGUGUUACCUGUGUGGGGGCUUCUUGUCCGGACAGGAUUUAAACAGCCUUGUAUGGCAGUUAAUGUCAUCAGAAGAAUACAUUAACCUGAUUAUUUAUUUAUAUUU